AUGUCAGACUUCAAACGUCUUAAGCUGAAUCUUGUCAAGCCAGUCCCUUCGGACUACGAGAUCUCGAGAAAUCAGACUCCUAAGCACAUUAGCGAGGUUGCUGCCGAGAACGGAAUCACCGAAACCGAAAUCGAACCAUAUGGAGCUUACAAGGGUAAGGUCAAGCUCGAUGUGAUCGACAGAUUGCAACACCGUAAAGACGGUAAGUACAUCUUGGUCACCGGUAUCACUCCAACCCCACUUGGUGAGGGUAAGUCCACCACCACUGUGGGUCUUGCUCAGGCCAUUGGUGCUACUUUGGGAAAGAAGGCCUUUGCCAACGUUAGACAACCUUCUAUGGGCCCAACUUUCGGUGUUAAGGGUGGUGCUGCUGGAGGAGGAUUUUCCCAGGUCAUCCCUAUGGACGAGUUCAACAUGCACAUCACCGGUGACAUCCACGCCGUUGGAAUGGCCAACAAUCUGUUGGCUGCUGCUCUCGACACAAGAAUGUUCCACGAGGCCACCCAAAGCGAUAAGGCUUUGUGGAAGAGACUUUGUCCAGAGAAGAAAGACGGCACGAGAGACAUUCCUAUUGGACUGCUUCCAAGAAUCAAGAAACUUGGUCUCGACACCAUCGAUCCUAAGGAGUGGACCGAGGAACAAGUGUCCAAGUUCGUCAGACUCGACGUUGAUCCAAAGACCAUCACCUGGAAGAGAGUUUUGGACCUCAACGACAGAUCUCUCAGAGGAGUCACCAUCAACCAGGCUCCUACCGAAAAAGGUCUUACCAGAGAGACUGGAUUCGAUAUCACCGUUGCUUCUGAGGUGAUGGCUAUUCUGGCUCUUUCUUCUUCUUUGAAGGACAUGAGAGAGAGACUCGGAAAGAUGGUUGUUGCUUCCUCGAAGGCCGGUGAGCCAAUCACCUGUGAGGACCUUGGAUGCGCCGGUGCCUUGACUGCCAUCAUGAAGGAUGCCAUCAAGCCUAACAUCAUGCAAACUCUGGAGGGAACUCCGGUGUUUGUGCACGCUGGUCCAUUUGCCAACAUUUCGAUCGGUGCCUCUUCUGUGUUGGCCGAUAAGAUGGCUUUGAAGCUCGCAGGUACUGAGCCAGGUUUGAGCGCUGAGGAAGAGAAGGAGCAGGCCGGAUACGUCAUCACCGAAGCUGGUUUCGACUUCACCAUGGGUGGAGAGAGAUUCCUCAACAUUAAGUGCAGAUCGUCUGGAUUGUCUCCCGACGUGAUCAUCAUCGUGGCCACUGUCAGAGCUUUGAAGGUGCACGGUGGUGGAGCUGAGGUCAAGGCCGGUGCUCCAUUGCCAUUGGAGUAUACCACCGAGAACGUGGAGAUGCUCAGAACCGGAUGCGCCAACUUGCAAAAACACAUCCAGAACGCCAAGGAGUACGGCGUGGACGUUAUUGUGGCCAUCAACAGAAUGUCUUCCGACUCUGCCAAGGAGCACGAGGUUAUCAAGGAAGCUGCUCUCGCUGCCGGUGCGACUGACGCCAUUGUUUCCAACCACUGGGAGGAGGGUGGACAGGGUGCCAAGGACCUUGCUGAGGGUGUGAUCAAGUGCGCUCACAAGGAGUACGCUUCUCAGAAAAACUCUGGCGAGUCGUUCCACUACCUCUACUCUACCGAGGGUUCUUCCAUCGAGGAGAAGAUCGAGAGUAUCGCGAAGGUGAUGUACGGUGCCGGCUCUGUCGAGUUCCUGCCUCAGGCCCAGGAAAAGAUCAAAGAGUACACUGCCCAGGGCUUCUCCAACUUGCCAAUCUGUAUUGCCAAGACCCAAUACUCUCUUUCGCAUGACGCCAAGCUUAAGGGUGUCCCAACCGGAUUCGUUUUCCCAAUCAGAGACAUCAAGGCAUCCAUCGGUGCUGGCUAUUUGUACGCUUUGGCCGACCAGAUCCAAACCAUUCCUGGUCUGGCCACCAAAUGUGGUUUCAUGAACGUCGAGGUUAACGACCAAGGAGAAAUUGAGGGAUUGUUCUGA